AUGUCGACCGGCCUUCUGUAAUGCUGCACGGAAUCGAUGCACGGCGAGAGGAAAGAUAUGAUUAAGACAGAAAAGGUGCUGCGGUUGAAGAGUCGGACGAAAGGCGUCGUGAGAGUCGUGCGCGAGCACUAUCUCCGCGACGACAUCGUCUGUCGCAGUCGUCUCAUUCCCGACACUUGCAGAGAAGGUGAACCGUGUUUGUCAGCCACUGUCACACACUAUGUGGUACUAGAUUACCAGGCAAUACGAGAUUAUCUGGAGAUUUUCGAGAUGUCUGAGUUUUCGAAUCUAAUAUUUACGCAGACUGCGAUGAACCACGUUCGUCAUCAUGCUAGUCGUAAAUUUUCUAGUCGACUCCAUCAGUACGUAACAGACAUCAGAAGGCACUCUAUUGUUUUCAGCAACGAACAUUGCAGAGAAUGUUAUCAAUCAAGGAAUGAAGACGAACGUGUAGAAGAUUGGGAGGCGAGGCAAAUAUAUGGAGCGUGUUGCUUUGUGUAUCACUUCUUCUGUCGACAAAUGCCUAUUGUGAUGAUAUCUGACGAUCGAAGUGUUAUUGAGAGAUAUGGCAAUAUGACGGUGGGUGUGUUGGUUAUGACGAUGGCAGACUAUCUAAAUAAUUUCUGGUCUCAAUUGAGUGAGGCUCACGAGUUGUACGAUUCUGUCUCCGCUAGUCUGACUGACAAGAAACUAAACAGAGGAUCUCGGGCGAUACGUCUUUUAGGUGGUUUGUCUAGAUCAAAGGAGUAUGAGGAUCAUAUGCCAUUAGACGUGCUGCAAGUAGGCAUUAAAUCGGGAACACUUGUUCAAGGUUGCCUUUACGUGAACAAGCAUCGAUCAACACAAGAGGCCUACAUUCAACAAACGGACACACCUGGCCUUGAGCCAAGAAGAGAAACAGAGUCUGGAAUUCUGAUAUCCGGAAUGAAAAAUAGGAACAGAGCAAUACAUGGUGAUGUUGUCGCUGUUGAAAUUUUGCCUCGAUCUCAAUGGACUGCAAAGUCCAAUGCAUUAGCUGAUGAAAAUGCGGAAUUGGGCGAUUCCGGCAGUGAGGUUAGUAAUGGAAGAAAUUUAGUUCCAUCUGGCAGGGUUGUUGGUAUCGUUCAACACAACUGGCGAGACUAUGUGGCAAGUUUGGCGACUACUGAGAAAACAUUGCAGUCAAAGUCAGGAGGCAAGGUUUUGGUGACACCAUAUGAUCGACGAAUUCCUAAAAUACGGAUCAGUACUAGACGGGCAUUGGAGCUAAAAGAGAACAGAUUUAUUGUUCGAAUUGAUUCGUGGGAUGUUGAUUCGUUCUACCCGAGUGGUCACUUUGUACGGUUGUUAGGUCCGUACGGCAACAUCGAGACAGAGACUAAUGUCGUUCUAGUUGAGAAUGGCAUUUCCUGUAUGACUUUUAGUGAUGGCCAGCUUAAAGAACUGCCAGUCAACACUGUUGAAGAGCCGUGGCAGAUGGAUAUGGAAGAAAUUGGGAGAAGAAGAGAUUUGAGGAUGUCUCAUCUGAUAUUCAGUAUUGAUCCUAAAGGAUGCGAGGAUGUAGACGACACUCUCUCUGUGAAGCAGCUGAGAAACGGAAAUAUUGAGCUGGGUGUUCACAUUGCUGACGUUUCGUAUUUUGUUAAACCUCAGUCUCUAACAGACCUGGAAGCUCGAGCUCGGUCUACAACAGUAUACCUUGCAGAUCGACGGUACGAUAUGCUGCCUCCAAUUCUCAGCACCGAUUUGUGCUCACUCAUCAGCAACGUUGAUCGGUAUGCUGUCAGUGUUCUGUGGGAACUGAAUACAUCUACAUAUGAAGUGCAGCGUGUGUGGUAUGGACGCACUGUCAUUCGUUCGGCUUAUAAACUAUUUUACGAGGCCGCUCAAGAGAUUGUCGAGAACACCAAGUCAUCUACAGAUCUCAUCGCUCUCAUACCAGAACUUGAUGGUGUCAAUUUAUCAGAAUGCCAGCAAAGACUUGAUGCAGUGCGUUGGUCUAUUAGUAAGUUGAUGGACAUAGCACGCACACUGAGAGAACGACGAGACGAGGGCGGAGCUCUAGAGCUUGAAGGAAUUGAAGUGACGGUUCAGGUCGGCAAAGAAAAAGUCAUAGAGGAUCUCAUACCCAAACAGCCGUUGGAAAUCCACGAGACGGUGGCUGAGUGUAUGAUCUUUGCCAAUCAUUGGGUGGCGAAGAAAAUAGCAACAGCGUUUCCAACGUGUGCACUGCUGCGACGACAUCCGAUGCCACUGCAGGAACGGUUCGCUCAAUUGAUUCAAUGUGCUGUCUCCAGACAUUACACGAUCAAUACAAAGUCGAGCAAGCUUCUUGCAGAAUCUUUGGACAACGCCAUUGACUCUCGCGAUCCUGAAAUCAAUCGAUUGCUACGUAUGAUGGCUACUCAGGCCAUGUCAAAUGCAGUCUACUUCUCUACAGGAUAUGUUAGUUCAGAUCAGUUUUUUCAUUAUGGACUUGCUUUGGAUCAUUACACUCAUUUCACGUCUCCAAUUCGUAGGUAUGCUGAUCUUGUGGUUCAUCGACAACUCUUAGCUUCAGUCGACAAAGAAAUGAAAUCAAGAUAUCAAACUGUGGGAAACAGAGAGCUGGACAAUUUGUCUCAACAUAUGAACAACAAACACAAGGCUGCACAACAAGCUCAACGGUCAUCAGUCGAGUUGUUUCAGGCAAUCUUUUUCAGUGAUGUCAGUGACGACCAAAAGUGUGUGUGUGAAGCAGUUAUAUUCGGAUUUCGAUCUAAUGGUCUUCUGGUAUUUAUUCCACGUUACGCAAUGAAAUGUCCCGUUUACUUGUGUGACAAGGAAGGUCACGUGGUUCAACCUCAUUUUGAAAGCGAUGGCAUACAGUAUGGCUCAGGAUCUGUCGUACAAACUGACUAUGAGAUGACAGUUGACUAUGGUCAUGGAAACAUCACGUACCGGCUCUUUGACCAUAUUAUGGUUCGUGUGUCUGCCUUGAUAUCUACCACACACGCUCCGUCAUUUCGCUGUGAGCUGUUAAGCUGGCGGACUGUUGAUCCAACAAGUGAGUCUUCUACGUCUAGCAAGGCAAGAAAGCGAACUGAUGUUGUCAAGGAGCUUGCAGAAAGAGUUCGAAAGGAUGAAGCAUCCGUUUCACAAACAGAUGAUUCUCAAUUGAACGAUUUGAAAGAACUAUACGGUCAGACGUAUCAAGAGGUUAGCUUGUACCAUCUUAUUGAACAAUUAAAGAAACUAUCUCUUAAAGUCAAGUAGACACCCAUUUAGUAGGUAAGAUGACAGACCACACUUGUAAUACUUGUACAGCACUAUAGUGCUACUGUACAUAUAUAUAGAACAAUGAUACUUGUAGGUAUGUUUUAAUACAACUUAUUGAUAGCUAA